GUACGGAAGGCGGUGGGCGGGUCCGGCCUUCAGCGGCGGAGGGCGCCAUGGUGGGUGGUGAGGCGGCAGCAGCCGUGGAGGAGCUGGUUUCGGGUGUGCGGCAGGCGACCGACUUCGCUGAGCAGUUCCGCUCCUACUCGGAGAGCGAGAAGCAAUGGAAGGCCCGCAUGGAAUUCAUCCUGCGCCACCUGCCCGACUACCGCGACCCGCCAGACGGCGGCGGCCGCCUGGACCAGCUGCUAUCCCUCUCCAUGGUCUGGGCCAACCACCUCUUCCUGGGUUGCAGUUACAACAAAGACCUUUUAGACAAGGUGAUGGAAAUGGCUGAUGGGAUUGAAGUGGAAGACCUGCCACAAUUUACUACCAGAAGUGAAUUAAUGAAAAAGCAUCAAAGCUAAGGCAGAAGAUUCAUCACAUUUUCAUCAUUAGUUACAGGCUUGGAAAGGAGGCUGGGAUGAAUAUGACAUUGACCUCAGCAGCUCUCUUAAGACUCUUGAUAUUAAUAACAUGUAGGAAAGAGGCAAUUGGAAUGAAAGGGAAUCUGUCUAGAUUGACGUUUUAAAAGUUCUCAUUCUUCUAGUAGCUAUCAUUGUAAAAGUAUGCAUGGAUAUUUAUGUAUUUAUAAAUCAUGCCCUCUUUUUUAUUUUCAGGUUUUGAAUGUUGGUCAAAAUGUUAAAAAUGCCUGUUUUUUUUUUUUAAUGUUGAUGUAAUAAUGGCAGGUAGUGAAUUUUACACUUUGGAUUUUUCAACAACGUACCUUUAUGUGUGA